AUGGACAAUGAAGAGAAAAUAGUUUCUGUUCUACAAGUUGACGAGCUAUUUUUACGUAAAAUUCUUUCGAGGGAUGAUUCUUCCUUGGAUGAUUCAGUUCAUAUUCCUCACCGACGGAGCGUCGGCGCAAUUCCGUUCCAAUGGGAGUUGGAGCCUGGUACCCCCAAACAUCGUUUAGUGUCGGAUAAGGAGAUCGUUUCACCAAUCAAGCCACCGUCGAGGACGAUGUCGCGGAUGAGCCAAGAGAGAAACAAGCAAUGCAUGAAUGAUGCAAGAGAAACAAGACCUUGGUUUUGGAAGAAAUCAAAGAAAAAAACAAGAGGUAAAGAUAAAACAAAAUCUGACGGAAAUAUUGGGUUUGAUAAUCCAACAUCUUCUCCAUCAACUUCCUCUGGAGUCACAUUAUCAAGAUUACGACGUUUUGCUAAGAUAUGGUAUAAAUGUCCUUUCUAA